AUCUUUUGACGUGGAACAGCUGAUUGUAUAUGUAUUCGUCAGACUAUUCUCAACAUCAAGAUGGCCGCGAUCGUGAGAGUGCAGUAAGGAUUGUAUGAUUUUUGGCAUAUAUCGCCAGUUGCAACGUUUGGAGCUGUUGUCAUUAAUAUUCAGUAUUUUCGGUAAAUAUUUCUAUGGAUUUUUACAUAGAACCCGCGUUGAGUUGCUGGAGUAAUUGUAUACAAACGCGAUAAAAUUGAAAUUCUGUAGAUUGUCACUGACAUCUCGUGAAUGUGAUGUAGCAGACGCCUCUAAUUGCUUUUAAUAGGUUUUCUUCGAGAUCCUUAGUGUAUCGCGUUGUUGCGAUGGACUUUGUGGUAGAUACUUGUCAAGCCCUUUUUGCUACGGAUGAAGAAUUGAUUUGUUAUCAACGAAAAUACCUGCUGUUAAUAUCGAUGUAACGCUGAUUAUUCUUCGACUACUCUAUAACAAGGUUGAAUUUUAAAAAUGACAGCAGGUACAAGCUUGGUGGUACCCAUAGUGCUAUGGGGUCGUAUAGCUCCAACUCAUUGCAUUUCUUGUAUUUAUUUAUCUCGAGAUCAAAAAACCUUGGUGACUGGCUGUUACGAUGGGCAGAUAUGUUUGUGGCAAAUGGAUCCCGAAACACUAAAUAUGACUCCAAGAUGCUUACUUGUUGGUCACACUGCUCCAAUAUUGUGCUUGAGUCGAGCAAGCGCUAUCAUGGAACAGAAUUAUAUUGUCAGCAGCAGUGAAAGUGGAGAGAUGUGCACUUGGGAUUUAGUUGAUGGAAAAUGCAGAGAAGCUGUGAAACUUAGUAGUGUUCACACACAGAUGUUGCCUUAUGUUUCCGCUGGUGGAGAAGAUGUUAGACUUUUUUGUUCUGGAUACUACCCUGAGGUUUUAGUGAUGGACCCUUUCAGCUUGGAAGUCUUAUUCACCUUAAGUUCGCGCGUCAAUCCUGAUUGGAUUAGUGCUCUGCACGUUUUGCGGCCGGCCAAACGGAAAGGUCGGUUCUACGUGCACACAAACGAUGUCGUACUGGCCUUAACAACAACUGGUACGGUCAAGGUGUGGACUCUUCUUGGUCAUGAGAAUCGUAACAGUGAACCCCUUUAUGAACAUGAAAGCAAACAGAUACGAUGUCUAAAUGCACUUGCAAUGACCUGUUGCCCAUAUAAUCAAAGAACUGUAUUAAUUGUGUGUUCCAAAGAUUGGCAGAUAUACGAUGCCGGUGACUUUUCUGUCUUGUGUUCAAUUUCUGCGCCUCGUGGAGAACGUUGGAUGGCUGGCGACUUCCUAGCUGCGGACAGGGUUAUUUUGUGGAGUGACAAAGGUCAUGGUUAUCUCUAUAAACUACCAGCUAAGGUUCUGGUACACCUUGACAGCAAGCUGAAGGGCAAGGCUCUCAGCAGUAGCGUUGCAGACAAUAAAAGUUUUCAUACGGCGGGUGCCGAAUAUGAUCAACCUUACUUAUACUGUACUCUGACGCAACCUGGAGACAAGCCUCUGUCGUGCCCACCAGCAAUGCGAUUAGUUACAGUACAACGGCAAAGUAAAACACUAAAAUAUUUAUUACGUGGUGAUAGCGAAGGUGUUGUUUUUCUUUGGACAGUACCAGAAGUAACAACUCAACAAUUGUCCCAAAUCUGUCAGAAUGAUCACUCAACACCUGUCUCAUUAUCACCAGCAGUGAAAAUAAGUCUGACCACUGCUUGGGCACAAAUGAGACCACCACCGGUUGGAAUAUUAGAUCAGUUGGACAGUGGAGAUGGACAUGGUAUAAAGUUAACGGCUAGUAUAUAUUUACCACAACAAAGUCGCCUAGUUGUUGGUCGCGAAGAUGGCAGUAUUAUCAUUGUUCCUGCAACACAAACAGUCAUGCUCCAAUUACUUCAUGGGAAUCACCAACAAUACGAUGAUUGGCCCCCACACCAAGUACUUUUAGGUCACUCUGGUCGAGUGAAUUGUCUUUUAUAUCCGCAUGGAGCUGCACCGCGUUAUGACAGAGUACAUCUUGUAUCUGGUUCAGUCGAUUUCGCUGUAUGUUUGUGGGACCUUUAUGCCGGUACGCUGAUUCACAGGUUCUGUGUCCACGCUGGUGAAAUUACUCAAUUGAUGGUGCCACCUGAUAAUUGUAGUCCUAGAAUACAAAAGUGUGUUUGCAGUGUUGCGUCAGAUCAUAGUGUUACUUUAUUAUCGCUAGCAGAAAGGAAGUGCGUUGUUCUUGCUUCGCGACACCUGUUUCCAGUUGUUACCAUAAAAUGGAGGCCACUGGAUGACUUUAUGAUAGUCGGAUGUUCGGAUGGGGCUGUAUAUGUAUGGCAAAUGGAAACUGGUCACCUAGAUCGUGUAUUACAUGGUAUUAUUGCCGAAGAAGUACUCUACGCGUGUGACGAAAACACUAUAGCUGCAGCUGGAGGAUCGGCCGCGGGUGGAGAACUAGGCUUAGCUAAUCCUGCCGUGCAUUUCUUUAGAGGUUUAAGGCAUAGAAACCUCUCUGCUAUAAGACACGCGACACAAAGAGGGUUACAUCAAUUGCAACAACUUCAUGGCGGCCAUGGACCAGAUCACGGAAGUCAAAUAAAAGCAAAAGGCGCUCCUCUAAUGAUUCAAGGUUUUAGGAGUAAUCCUAAAGAUCCAGAAAGUCACAUUUUAUUUUUUGACAUAGAAGCAUUAAUAGUACAACUACUUAGUGACGAGUAUGGAACGAUGUCGCCAGGUUCAUUGGAAGCGCAAGGUCUAAUUUCGGCCUCGGAGUAUCAAAAAGUUGCAGCGCUGACACAGUCCGCCAGUCCAGACGCGCAUAAAAAAAUUGCAGACUUUUUCGGUCGCGUCAAGGAUAAGGCCGGCGACGUUGAACGAAUUUUAAAGGAGAAGGAUCGUCACGGUAUAUUGGCUAAAAUGAAGGAGGGUGCAGAGAACGUACACACUAAAAUUCAGGCCAAGGUGGAAAGCGUUGGCCUCAAGCCGUCGACUCUCGACGGUAAAGGUGACAAUUGGAAUAAUAGCGACGCUGCAAAGAACAAUUUGAAACGGAAUGGAGCUUUCAGCGAACCAAAUGCAACUAUGGAGGUUGCUCAGCUUAUAUUGAGCUUAUUACAUGCUUGGGGCAUGGAUCCAGACUUAGAUCGCGUUUGCGAAGGAAAGCUAGGUUUACUAAGACCCAUGGUUCCUGUUUCUUUUGGAGUAUUGUCUAAAGGAGGUUACAUGUCGUUACUAUUACCAACUUGGCAAACGCAAUUGGAACCAGCCGGUGAACCGGCAACGCAACUGGAACAACGUUUACCAAUCGAAUUAGUCAGACAAGAAAGGCUUACCAGAGCGUUCACAGCAAGAGCACAUUGGGAGCUGUCUACCACAUUAACCAGUAAUCAUUUAUUGGCAGUAGUCGCUUUGGCGAAUACGUUAAUGUCAAUGAAUAAUGCAACAUUUGUACCUGAACAAGAACGGAAUCGAAAACUGCAUAGACCGGGUAACAGAUCGGCAGUUAAUUGGAACAAAGCAGAAGAAGAAAAUGAAGAAAUUUAUACAGUACAACAGGCACAGAUUAAGCAAGGUUGGUCGCUUUUAGCGACCUUGCAUUGCGUGCUUCUACCUGACAAAGUAGCUUCGCAAGGUGGUGCGAAAACAUUCAAACGGCCUCAAGUCGAAAUGAUGGCACGGAGAUGGCAACAUCAAUGCCUUGAGAUCCGCGAAGCUGCUCAAGCUUUAUUACUCGCCGAACUAGGUAGAAUGGGUCCAAAAGGAAGAAAAGCGCUGGUAGAUAGUUGGUCGCAAUAUCUUCCAAUGUACAGCACUCAAGAGCCCAUUGCACCACAAGUACAGAACCAAAGUCCUCCAACUUCUAAUAGUCCAAUUCCUCCAUCUGAAUCGCAUCAAGAAGAAGAAGAUGAAGAGGAAGAAUUAGUGGAAGCAGAAAUAAAUGUAGCUAGGAAACCAUCGAGCGUGGCGGAACUGAAACGAAAACAAACGACGGCAGUUGUAUUAUUGGGCGUAAUAGGUGCUGAAUUUGGUCAAGACGUUACUACGAUGAAUCAGAAAAGGGAUAAUGAACAGAGGCGAAAGAGUUCGAUUGUAGAAGGUUUCGGAAUAGGAAAUAAUAAUCUUGCCAGGCAUACUAGUUUGGCGCUCACGCAUCUGUUACACGCGCCGCAUUCUCCUAAAUUGCCUUUACACACGGCAUUGCGAAGAGCAGCAAUUGAUCUCAUUGGUAGAGGUUUCACGGUUUGGGAACCAUAUCUUGACGUAUCGAAAGUAUUAUUGGGUCUAUUGGAAAUGUGUUGUGAUGCUGAUAAAUUAGUACCAAGUAUGACGUACGGCCUUCCUCUUACACCUCAAGCUGAUACAUGUCGCACGGCACGUCAUGCUUUAACCUUAAUAGCUACUGCCAGACCUGCAGCAUUCAUUACUACGAUGGCGCGAGAGGUGGCUAGAUUUAAUACACUGCAGCAAAAUGCGCAAACACUAAAUGUAAAUAUAGGUGCAAGCGUUUUAGCUAGGGCGAAACCAGAAAUACUCCGAAUUGUUGAACAAUUAAUCGAUAAAAUGCAGAGUGAAAUGAGUGAUCUUUUAGUUGAGGUCAUGGAUAUUAUUUUACAUUGUCUGGACCCAGGUCAUCUCAAAACUAAACCAUUAAACGACGUAUUUCCAGCAGUAUGUAGAUUUAAUCAAGUAAGUCACUGUCCAGCAACGCGCAGGAUAGCAGUCGGUAGUCGCAACGGUCAACUCGCUCUCUAUGAAUUGCGAGGAAACGUUAAAUGCCAGACAGUACCUGCGCAUUCAGUACCGGUGACUGCGUUAGCAUUUUCACCUGAGGGCAAGUUCCUGGUUAGCUAUUCAUGCGCGGAAAAUAAGCUAUGUUUCUGGCAGCAAACAAAUAGCGGAAUGUUUGGCCUAGGAAAUUCACAGACACGUUGCGUUAAGUCAUACAGUACUGCGCCUAUUAAUGACGUAGCGCGAUUGAACCCUAUGCGAUUAGCUCGAUUGAUAUGGAUAAAUAACCGAACGGUUACGUUGAUGCUUGCCGACGGAUCUGAAACACGAUUUAACGUAUAAACAAUAGAUGGCCCCUCCUAUUCCAGUACUGGACAAAAAAAAAAAAAAUUGAGCAGUACAGCAAGUGGGAUCAGUUUACAAGCAGAAACGUGGAAUCAUCGUAGACAACAAACAAAAAUAACCGAAAGUGCCGUCGUGAAUGUUGGUGCGUUUAUUGGUACUUCAAUAGUGCUAAUGCUAAAUAAUCAGAUACCGUAUCAUACGGAAUAUGCUCGAGUGAUGAAUUUCAUCGUUCCACGGCGCAGGAUAUGACAUAGCGAUUAUCAUCGAGCAUGGUACGAAAAUUUGUUCCUUUUCAAUCUAUCGUAUCUUCUUUUUUUUCCAUUUAUGUAAUUUAAACCUUUACGUUUUUUGGUUGUGCGCACGAAUAUGCUCGAUUUUUGCGUUGCUGUAGCACCCGGAAAUAGUUUGAAUGUUGUCACGCCUUAAAGAAAGUAUUCUUUUUAUUUAUUAAAUCAAUGCACUAUAUCAUUUGAUUAUUAUCUACGUAGUUACGGAUCUGAAUAAUUCAUUAGAAUUUUCCGAGUCUAGAUCUAAAGUAAAAUAUGUGAAACGCUUUCAUACUAUCAAAUAUAUAUCGUGAAAUUUGUUGAACGUUUCUACGUAAAAGGAUUUGUGUGCUGUACUGUACAUUACGCAAUGUUACGCUAUCGCGUGUGUCAUUCGAGCCACGUUUACAUAUUCCUGAAACUCCGAUAUAAUAGUUGAAAGGUUACCGUACUGGUACCUCGCGUUGAAAGUACAUACAUGUGUAUAUAUACAUACCAAAAAAAAAGGCAAAAAAUAUUAAUUGUCGCCUAAGGAUUUGUACAUACAUAAUACUUACAAUGGCGAAAACCAUAGAUCAAUGUAACAAUUUGUAUCAAUCGCCUUAUGUUUAAUCUGUUUAUGUAUAGUUAAACGCUUCAAAUGAAUUCCUGUUUUACGAAUUUUACACGUGUUACCUGUCGCGUGAUUUUUACCGUUUAGCAUGUUGAAUGUUUUUGUGUCUUAUAAAGAGAACUGUACGUCGAGAUCUGAUCUUAAUCGCCACUCGAUCGCGCAUAUUUGUUACUUAUGACUAAGAACAAAGUGAUAGUGAAGAUUAACAGUUAAAUUCUUUGAUACAUGAAAAUGUAACUUUUGCGACGGUUAUUACAGUUUUUAUAAAUAUUCCACGCGAAAACUAUUAUGUAAUAAUAUUUAUUUCAUCAUUUAGAAUCGAAAAUGCAACGGAUUGAAUUUGAUCUGUACAGUCAUCCGAACGUGAAGUGUGAUUUCCCAAUUAUUUUUCUUUCUCGAGUUAAAAUGUUUCUCCAUUUGUAAAACAAACGGAUAACGCGGUAGAGAAUGUAGAUGUUAUCGAAUUCAUUUAGUUUAAUUUAUUAUCGUUAUUGCCUUUUGGGAGAUUAGCGCAAUGUUUUAUGUAAGCAUGGCAACGAUUUUUGUUAGAGAAAUUACGACUCCGUCGCCCAGAUUCUUACAUACGCAUAAUGAUGUAUACAAUUGUGAUGAUCAAUUUCCACGUCGCAGUUCUGUUACGUCUAUAAUGGAUCGCACAAAAUCACGAGUGUAUCUUCCAACACAUGGUAAAUCUUUGGGUAUAACCAAAUGUCAUGUGUUUAGAAUCAAAACUAAAACAUCUUGAAAGGGAACUGUGCUACAUUGGAAUUAUCGAUUUCAUUCAAAUUUAUAUACAAAUGUAUAGUGCAAAUCGGAUACAAUAAUGUAUUAUACACACAACGCUCUAUAGAUUCGAGUAGUUCAAGGUUGAAACGAAACAGUUAGUAUAUUAUUGAAGUAAUAUUCAACAAUAAUUUAAUGAAUUUAAACAGAAUUAAAAAUCAAUAUGUUUUCUCGAAUUUAUGUUUGAAUUUCUCAUAAAAUUGAGGACAAUAUACCAUUUAUAUUUAAUGCACUAUUAUAUAAAAUGCAAAAUUUAAGCGAAAUCGGUAACACGAAUGACACAGUGCUCAUGUCAGGGACGACGAGUUGUGUUAAUCAAAUGAAAUAUAACAAACGAUUAUGCCGAAAUAAUUUUUGUUAUCGGUAUUUUGACGUGUUCAUCGAAUUCAUUCGCUGACAUUUUCUCAGGAGAUACCGUCAUAUCUUCUGUUUUCCUUUGUAUAACUGUUUGAAAUGUUAAAUUUGAAGCUUCUGACAGUAACUUAAAUCAGUAUAUCGAAAAAGAAUUUAUAAAAAAAAAAUGAUACAAAUUUAAUGUGUGAAGAAAUUUGUCCAUGAAUUGAAGAAUAUAUUUACUCGCAUAUUACACAUUACAGUGAUGAGCAAAUAAUUGAACAUACUUUUAAGAAUUUUUCAUUCUGUUAUGUUCUUAAUAAGUACAGCAAUACUUAUCAACAAUGAAUAGUAGAUGAACGUUUGUUGACAAAGUUGCAAACGACUAAGAAAGUAGUACAGAAGCGACAGGGCGAAUCGGUAUUAGUAAACACUGAUUUCAAUCAAGUUGGUACAGAUGUACCAUUCUAUAUUCUGAAUAAUGUAAACAAAUAUUAACUGGCCUUGAUGGAUAAUAGAUAAUAACACUCGUAUACCAUUUCAUAAUUUGUAAUACAAUGUUAUCAGUCUAAGAUAUGUGAACACAUUUGGAAAUGUUUAUAUCAUGUGUGAAGUUUUGCUUGUCACUGUACAAUUCGUCCUUUAUAGAAUAGAUAGGCGGAUGGAUUGGAAGACGAAACCAAAUCUUAUCGAUAACAAAAUUUAAGUGAUAUUAGUGUUUCAAUUAUCAUGAGAAGGAAGAAAUGUUAGUACCGCAGGCAAUAUGUCACGCAGGCGUGUCUACGAUCGGUAUCAAAACGAAAUACUCGUAAACGCAAAAACACGAAGUUGACUUUGUGAGAAAGUAUGAGACGACGGAUUGGCUCCCCGACAUAGCAUCUCAUCGCGGCGAAUCCAAACGAUUGCUCCGCGUUACUUGUAUAUAUAAAACCGAUCUAUGCCUAAUUGUAUCUAUGUAAUUAUUUAUGUGUACAUUAUGUACUUUAUCGUGCGUUGCGUAUGGUUAAACCAAUCCUGUUCAAAUUUGCUCUCCAGAGCAGUGGUAUCUUUCUCCGACUAGUUACCAAUAUAAAUAUCACAUAGUCGGUGCUGCGCAAGGUUACCAGAUUUAAAAAAUUGCAACAGCCAUGACUAGCAAGAAGAUUAAAGCAUGAAAAGAGUAAUAAUCAGUAAGAGAGCCAUGGUAAGAAUUUUAAACAAUGUUAAAUAAUAUUUUAUGUCAAAAGAGAUGCCAAACGAAUUCUUAUCUAAGUUCAGGCAUUUGUACUUUGCUGUACACAGCCAUUGUACGUUAAAUUUGAACAUAACUUGAUAGCAACCAGACAUAUUUUGGAAAAUAUGACUUUAUUACGAGGAAUAUGAUAAACCUAAUUUUUAAGACGUCUGGUAACCUUGAUGCUGUGUUAUGUGUACGUCUGACGUAAACACAGACAAACACAAAACUCUGAAUAAAGAUAAAACCUAAUGAAAGAUUCCAUCCAUGGGCAGGAUUGAGGGAAACGAAGUUCGAUCGAGAAAAUGGUCAACGAUAGAUUUUCGUUUUCAUCGAUCAUUCUCUCGUAAUCGACAAAGAUAGUCAGUGAUGGAUGUACUCGAUAUUCCAAUCUUCAAAAUGAUUUCGGUCUUUGGAAAACUUCGAAUUAUCUAUCUUCUUCAACUAAUAAUCAUUUCCAAUUUCAACGAACAUGAUUACUGCAUUUUCAAAACAAAAAUUGUUAUAAAAAAUCAUUCUAUGUCACAAAAUUUAUGGAAAUUACAAAUAACUAAAUUUUCUAUUUCUCUUACAUAAAAUGAGCAAAGCGAGCCCGCUUGUUAGCGAUUAAAUUCUUGAAACUUUCUAGUAUACAGCUGUUUCAACUUCUUAUAAUCUCGAUGUUUUCCAUUGUUCACUCGAACCGUUUCGGGUAAUUCUAGAUUCCAUCACUAAAAGUAAGGUUUAAUGCAAAAGAAAGUAUACCGCACGUGUUGUUAAUCGUUAUGCAAUAAUUGAAUGUAAUUAAAUGUAAUCAAUGUGAAACGCGUUGCGUUGAAAAUUCGAUAAUAUAUAUACCAUGAAAACGAAAA